CUACCUUGUCUGGUUCAGUUUUUAUUUGAAAAGAACAGCGCAGCCAUGGCGAAGAAAUCUCUGGCGGAACAGAUUGCCGAGUUGGAGGAUUUGACUCCGAGAGACUACGAUCCUGAGGAUUUGGAUCGCGGGAAUCAGGAUAGUGAUGAGGAGGUGGCUGAGAAGGAUGCGAGUGCGGGAAGGGAACAUUAUCAGGAUGUUGGCAAGGCAAAAUUGCGCAAACAGGAUCCGAUUGCCCUCGGAAAACAGUAUGCCGGGUCGAAAGUGAGUCGUGAUGCGUUGGAGGCCGACAGCGAUGAUGAUCCGUUUGCGGCGCGGUCGAGCGACGAGGACGAUGACGAGGAUGAUGAGGAUGAGGAUGAAGAUGAAGACGAGGAUCUGGAGCUUGGCAGCGACGAGGAAGACGAGGAGGGCUCAGAGAGUGAGGAAGAAGAGGAGCUCCGACCCUCCAAGGCAGCAAAGAAAGCCAAGAAGCAGGUCGAGGAAGACGACAUGGAUACGGACGAGUCGGACGAGCUGGACGACAGCGAGGGGUCAUUCGACGAUGACGACGAGAUUCCCUCCGACGAAGAAGAAGACGACGAUGACGAGUCCGAGUCCGAGUCCGAAUCCUCCUCAGAAACCCCCCGCAAACCCAGCACCACCAACGACCGCGACGAACUCCGCCGCCUCAUGGCCACGGACCAAAAAACCAUCGCAGCAACCAUCUCCCAAGCCGCCAAAGCCGACGCCAUCAAAGGCAAAGCCGUGAAACAACAACGCGCGACCUUCGACGCCCUCCUCAACACCCGGAUCAAGCUCCAAAAGGGCCUCACGGCAAUCAACCAGCUCUCCACCCUCGCCGGCGGCAACUCGACCGAAGACCUAGACUCGGAAGCCAUCACGUCCGCCGAAUCCGCCGCCCUCGCGCUCUGGUCCACCCUCGAAGACCUCCGCGUCGCGCUCGCCGACGCCCAACACAACAGCAGCAGUGAGGAAACCAAGAAACGCAAGCGUCCAACCCCCACCACCUCAACCUCAACCGCAACUCUCUGGACUCGCAUGACGGAUCUCGAAUCCACCGCGCACCCGCACCGCCGAAACAUCCUGGACAAAUGGUCCGCUAAGGUCCGCGGCGCGAACGCCGCCACCACAGCCAACACCCGGGGCAAACUCCUCAACUCGUCAUCCUCGGCAAACCAGCAAUCCAUCGCCGCUGUCCUGGAUGCCCAGGUCGCUACCGAGACGGGUGAUCGUGCGGCUAAGCGCGCACGUCAGGAUACUACCCCCGAGGGUCCUAUCUACGACGACACAGUCUUCUACCAAUCUCUGCUCCGGGAUCUGGUCGAGCAGCGCAUGUCGUCUUCGGACGCGAUCACAAAUGGUUUGGAUACGUUGCAUAUACAGUUACCGACGCGGGGCGGGGCGGCGGUGCACCCUGUUACGGGGAUGCGGAAGGACAAGGUGAAGCGGGAUGUGGAUACGCGGGCGUCCAAGGGGCGGAAGAUGCGGUUCGAUGUGCAUGAGAAGUUGCAGAAUUUUAUGGCGCCGGAGGAGCGUGGGUCGUGGACGAAGCAUGCGCGGGAGGAGUUCUUUGCGUCGUUGUUGGGGAAGACGGCGAGUGGGUUGCUACGGGAGGAUGGGGAUGAUGAGGAGAUGAGUGGUGGGGAGGAGAGUGAGGAGGAUAGAGAGGAGGGUGGAUUGAGGCUUUUUAGAAGCUAGGUGGUUGGAUGUGGAUGUAUAGUACAAUGCUGCUACCUACUGGAAGGAAUGAAGGAGGAAGAGAGGGAUAAAAGGUGCGUGUGUGCAUGUGUGUAUAUAUGUGGUGAUUGAUACAACAACAAGAACAACAACAACAAAAGUCGCAGUUU